UGAUAAUCAUAAUUACUGUGACAAGUUGUGUAUAAAAGACGCGUUCUUAUGAUUUCUUAAUAUUAGCCUAUUGAAUACCAUCAAAGAAACAACUCACAAAAAUGUUAGUGUAUUUGAUAAUGUUGUGCGCUAUCUUGGCGCCGAACUGUGAAACGGCGAGGAUAUUAGCAGUGUUUCCUAUUCCGUCUAUAAGUCAUCAAGUUGUCUUCCGUUCGUUGACACAAGAGUUGGCCAAACGUGGACAUGAAGUGGUGGUCAUCACAACAGAUCCUGUGUUCCCCAAAGGAAAAGCUCCAGCUAAUCUCACAGAAAUAGAUGUACACGACACGUCUUACAAGAUUUGGAGGGAUAGUUUCUUAAAAUUGUCCAAAGGUAAAAAGGCAGACAUAAUUGAACAAAUGGAAACUGGUUUCGACGUCAUCAACAAUGUGAUUGAUUACCAACUAUCGACAAAAGAAGUAAAAGAAAUUGUACAAGGGAAACAACAUUUUGACCUUAUUUUUGUGGAAGCUAUUGUAAGACCAGCUUUAGCAUUUUCGCAUGUUUAUAAAGCCCCAGUAAUUAUGAUAAGUUCAUUUGGUGCAAUGGUUAAUAUAUACAAUGCGGUUGGCGGCCCGACACAUCCGAUAUGGUAUCCAAUGUCUUUACGACAAAGACUGUACAAUUUAACGUUGUGGGAGAAAGUCAAUGAAUUAUACUUGCAUUAUAAAUUUUUAAAUUUUAUAAACAAUCAUCAAGAAAAAGAACACGCAAUGCUGGUGAAACAUUUUGGAGAGGAUUUGCCUUCGAUUUCUGAAUUGCAGAAUAAUAUUGAUAUGUUAUUUUUGAACAUUCAUCCUAUUUUUGAGGGAAAUUAUCCGGUACCACCAGGAGUCGUGCACGUUUGGGGAAUUCAUCAAAAGGCUCAGAAAGAGUUGCCACAGGAUCUAAAGUCAUAUUUGGAUUCAUCUAAGCACGGAGUCAUCUACAUCAGUUUCGGUACGAACGUCGACCCAGCAAAUCUACCUCCAGAAACGAUACAGAUGUUCAUCAGAGUGCUCUCUAAACUUCCCUACGACGUUCUGUGGAAGUGGAACACGGAUGAACUGCCUGGAAGGACUCCUAACAUUAGAAUAAGUAAAUGGUUCCCACAAUCUGACCUACUUAAACAUCCAAAAAUCAAAUUAUUCAUUACGCAAGGAGGUCUACAAUCUACUGAUGAGGCUAUAACAGCUGGUGUACCUCUGGUCGGUAUACCCAUGUUGGGAGAUCAGUGGUACAAUACUGAGAAGUACGUGCAUCUAAAAAUUGGUAUCAGGUUAAAUGCGGAAUCUGUUACUGAAGAUGAGUUCAGGAAUGCUAUCAACAAUGUUAUUGAAGAUGAAAGCUAUAGAAAAAAUAUCAAGAAGCUAAAUGAGUUAGUGAGUGAUCAACCAGAUCAGCCUCUUGAGCGAGCAGUAUGGUGGACAGAGUACGUUUUGCGUCACUCAGGAGCAAAGCACCUGCGAUCUCCGGCUGCCAACAUUUCUUUAGCUGAAUACUUUCAGUUGGAAUUCUUCUCCAUCCUCUUGAUAGGAUUCCUUAUUAUUGCUUCUUUAGCAAGUAUCGUAUUGUACAAAUUGUAUAGAUUUUACGUAAACCAAGUUGUUAAUGUAAAGUUAAAAAAUAAUUAGUUUUAUAAAUAUCCUAGCCCAUAUUAGUACAAUUUGUCAUAUUUGAAAUAAUGGCCUCGAUUUCUGAAGAUACCUCCUUAUUUUAUUUUAAGUUAUAACCGCCAUUUUCUUAUUCGCUGAUGA